UGGUCAAAUAUUUUUGCCUCCAGGAACCAAAAUAAAAAUUGCUUAGGUUUUGAUUGGAGGAGAUGCUUCUUCGUAUGUGAACAGUCUGAUAGGUUUAUUACUGCAUCGUUUUCUCAUUUACCGCGGGGGCAAAUGUUGAGGAGGUUUACCUGCUCUUAUGAGAACGGCCCUUUAUUAUAGUAGACGGCAGUUUUUUAAUGAACCAUGUAAGUACAUGUAUGAUAUUAUUUAGAAAAUGUUACCAUGGCAAUCGCCAAAGACUUCUGUAGGUAAAUGGUAACAAGUGGAUUUGACAACGGGAUAUUUCAAUUUUGCAUGGCGAUCCAAAUUAUAUUGUACUUCAAAGCAAGUAAAGUCCUUCAGAAGUUGCAACUUGAAUAAAUUUUGAGAAUUUUACUUCAUUCCAUUCAUACAUGUACAUAAGCUGGCUAUGCCGCACAAAGAUUUGGUUAUUCUUGUAGGCUUUCAUGCCUGUUUACAACAAUGGAGACGUAACUGCUUUGUUUUUUACUUCCCCUUUUGCAGUUAGAACUGGUCAUCAGACAUUUAUAACUGUCCUUGCAGGAAGAUGUUGUUCAACAGAUUGUCUGGCAAGAGUCACACGAGCAGAUGCAGCUGCAGCUCGGAUCGCUUUUAAGGAAAAGUCGCUGGGUGAUCAGAGGACAUGGCUGAUGGAGUACUUCAGAACCCACUCUUCUCGGUCUGAAAAUGAAAGUCUCCAAUUCUCCUACAACAUCGGUUUGGAGCAGGUGUGUGCCACAGCCUGGCAUCAAGUCGUUGGAAUUGUGAGGUCAAGAUUCUACUACUGGCAGAAGCAGUUCAGAGAUGGACUGCUAUACCCAUUGCCUGCUAACUGCUUGAGGAAAGGACACAAGAUUAACAAAACCCUAAACGCGAAGACAGAACUUAAUGCAUUUGCUCGUUCCUAUGGAGACCGAAUGCCUGACAGAGAGUCUGUAAACCUUCCACAUGGGUUCACAAAGCGAGAGGUGUAUAGAAGAAUACGACAAGAUAAUGCUGAGGUUUGUUCUGAGACUCACUUCAAAAGGAUUUGGAGAAAGGAAGAGCAGCACAUCACAAUCCCCAAGGUGAACCGCUUCUCUAAGUGCGAUGUGUGCACAGAGCUGAAAAUGAAGCUUGGCAAGACAAACGAAAAAGAUGUUCGAAGACAAUUGAUUGCACAACAUCAAAAACAUGUAGAGAAACAAAGCAGUGAGAGACAAAAAUAUUACAAACACAUCCGCAAAGCGAAGUCACAGCCAGAGAAAUACAUGAGUGUAAUCAUCGAUGGGAUGGAUCAGCACUGCACAUCAAUACCGCAACUCCAUCCAACACCUAAAGCUCUGAGCUACAAUGAUCAACUGCACACUCACAUCACCGGUGCACUUGUUCAUGGAAGAGGUCAACACGCCUACAUCGAUUUUAACGAGUACCCACAUGACAGCAACCUAACCAUUAAUAUCCUGCUCAACAUCCUGGUCCGUUAUGCCGACUCUCUUCCACCAGUCCUCUACCUACAGCUGGACAACACUUCUAGGGAGAAUAAGAAUCGACAUCUCUUUUCUUUUCUGUCCCUGCUCCUUGAACUCAAUAUCUUCAAGAAGAUCAAAGUUGGCUUCUUGAUGGUCGGUCACACACAUGAGGACAUCGACCAGUUCUUUUCAAGGAUUGCAACUCACUUGAAGAAAAGGAGCACCCCAUCUUUUCCAAAACUUCUGCAAGCUAUUCCCGCCGCUUUCCACAAAGCUCACUGCCCUACAACAGCGGAGCGCAUCUUACACCUCUUUGAUGUUCGCAAAUGGCUUCUUCCCCAUCAACACAGCAUGUGCUAUCACAGUAAACCACACAUAUUCAAAUUCGCACUGCACCAAGGAAAAGCCACCCUACAAACAAAAGACUGGUCAACUACACCACAUUGGAGAGACACCACUGGCAUCAACCACAUCCUGUCAUCACAUCCAGACGGACAACCAACAUUGGUAGAGAAGUCAUUUGCGGACAUCAAUAUCAUACAUCUACCAGACAAGCUCCAGCCAUACUUGGAAGAAGUAGACAUUGAGGCAUGGAGGUCCCUCUAUGAGCUACUCACCUUGGAAGAGGAGGAGAAUGAAGAAGAUUCAACAGUGAGAUGGCCUAUAUGCGAUCUACUGAUAAUGGCCAAACAACCAACUGACAGACCACAGCUUGAGGAGCAUGCUUGCAACACAGAGGAUGAAACAUUCAGACAGGUUCACAUAGGACCCAAAGUAAAGGAACAGAGGACAGAAGUUAGGGAGAGAGACAUGGUGGCAACAUAUCUCCCAGAGUACUCGACACACUGGCCUCAAGUUGGCUGCAUUCGCAGUGUACAUGAAGACAAGUCCCUACAGAUCGAGUGGUACACAGGAACCUUGACUUCUAAGUGGAAGGAGGUAAAGGUACCAGUCAAAGGACAAAAGGGCAGGAAACAGCUUUGGGUUGAGACUAUUGAUUCUAGUUCUGUGAUUCUCCCUCCUUUCUCACUGACUGCUGGAAAAAACUUCCUCUUCAAACAGUGAAUGGUUUGAGAGAGAAGCACAGUAGCUAUUUUCAGUAGCUUUGUAGAUCCUAGCUUAAUUGGGCCAUUGUAAUUGCCUUAGCUAUCAAAUAAUUGAGCAAAAUAGUAGGCCUAUUGGUUUCAAUAAAAUUGGAGUAAUAUUUUUUGGGGGUGGGGGCUGUGAAGCACAAGUGGAGGAGCUUUUUAAUUUCACCAGAGGGUCCUUAGUACAAAUCUUAGUUGCAUGAGAUUUACAAUCUAUAUGAUUUAAACAGAUGUAAUUUUAUCUUUUUUAAUAUUACUGUAAUAUUUUGAAUUGAAAACUUACAAGCUUAUUCCGCUGCCAGACAUGGCCGGAUCAGAAAAUGUACAAGUAACGGAUGGUACUUUUGUUUAAUCCGUCAUGCGGCUGUCACACUUGAGGAACGGAUGUCGUUUUUUGGCAUCGGUUGAUAUCCGUUAAAAUGGUUUCAUGUCCUUUUUGUCUCGCCUGCGUAGCAGGAGCCAGGCAUAGGCGUCACUUUUUACACCGGCGGUGUCGGCGUCAACAAUUAUGUUGUACACCCAAUAACUUUCUAUAUCUUCGAGCUAGGAUCACCAAAUUCUUACCAGUGGUACAUUUCUUGAAGACUCAGGUCAAGUUCGAAUAUGGGUCAUGGUCGACAAAGUUCAAAGGUCAAAAGGUCAAUGAACUUAAUAUACAAAGCUGUACUUAUGCUGUACACACAAUAACUCUCCACAGCUUUGAAGUAGAAUCGUGAAAUUCAUACCAGUGGUACAUCUCUUGAAGACUCAGAUCAAGUUUGAAUAUGGGCGAUAUCCGACAAAGGUGAAAGGUCAAAAGUUGUUGUUGUUGUUUUCCAGUUUUUA